AUGAAAUUUUUAUUCAUAGAAAUAGAAUCCUUGGUAAAAAGUGCCACAAGCUUUGAUCGCUCAAGUCCCACUACGGUUGUUGAUAAAACUUCGCCAUCAUCCCAAAUGACUUUGGUAAAAAGUCGAACUAGUGUUCCACAUCUUCAUUCAUCUGUGAAAGGUAUGAUAACAAUCUUCGUCGUCGUGGUCGUCGUGGUUGUUGUUGCCGCUGUUGCUGUUGUUGUUGAUGUAGUUGUUCUCUAUUAAUGGCUUAGCAUUGUCUCAUGGUAGAUGUUUUCUUUACUUGAAUUCACUUUUGUUUGUUCUCUUUUACAGACACCAGAACAAUUAUUAAUUCAACUACUACUGUAAUCCCUACAACAGUGUACUUCAUCACCACAGGACCAGGUAUUGUAUUAUUGACUAUUUACUGCCUAAAGAACAUUUUGUGGGUGAGUUAGUUAAUCAGGUUCUUUGCCGUUAUGUUGCUUGUCUAAAACCAUGAACAUAGGAAAAUGAGAGUUGAGAAACGAAAGUUCGAGAAAAUUCCCCCCGGUCAAACGAAAACAAGAGUUGCAUGAAAGCUGAUUGGAUAUUGCCGGUAGAGUAGCGAAAAACUCUCAUCAACUCUCAUCAAAAUGUGGACCAGUUUAAAGUUGAUAAGAUUUGAUAAAAGCGCAUGAUCUAUUAUAGUGUUUGUUAAUUCUGUGAACGCGCUGAAAACGUCCUUCAUAUUUUAGGCUCAACGAAAGGUGCAAGUAGUUCCGGGUUGGGUUUGACCAUUGGCUGUGUUAUUGCUGCUGUGUUUGUGGUUAUUGUAGUUGGGCUCGUGGUAGUGCUAUACAAGCGCAAAAAGUCACGUUAUGAAAACGUAAGUCAGACCGUGUCAUGUUUUGUAUUAAAGCCUGCAUACUGUAUAAUUCGCACUAGUGAUUUUGUUCGUAAUUUUCAGUUUCUGAAGCAUGCGAAUAAAUAAACCCACCAGGAGAAGAAAUAUCACUGAAAAAAUUGUUAGUGUGAACCAAGCUUAAAAUUGCCACCACAAACAAACGUUCGAUGAUACAAAGUCAACCCAUAAUUUUCUCCUUCUUUUAGCUUCUGCGCAUUCGUCGUUGAAGAAUGGAAUAGUAUUUAAACUUAUUCCAUCUUUUAAGCUUGCUUUGUUGGUACAGUUACCAGCAACACAAUAAAAAGGCAUAUCUUUUACUAUGAAUAUCGCGAUAAAAAAAUUUGCAUACUAAUGCGCCAACAGAGUAUAAGAAUGAUAGAAUAUAAUAGCGUGGCGCCAACCCACUCACUUGCGUGACGUAGCAAAUAAUGCUCGUUCCAGUUUCCUAGCAGUCUAUUUUGACCACGGGCGCGUGCCAUCGAAUAGCCUAAUGAAAUCGAAAAAUUCUUUCACCAAAAUGCUCCACCUAAUGUAUACUUUCAAUCGACAACAAUCAAUUUUUGUGCAGGGGCACUAUAAUAACUCAAAACUUGGUUUUGCUAAAUUUUACAAGUUCAUUAUACAAGUUCAGACAUGUAUACAUGUCAAGCACUUUCCAAUACUACCAUGUACGGUAGUAAAAGAUCUGUUGUGGCAAAUGUGAAGAAUUAACUAUCCGGCACUUCCUUAUUGCAAAACUGAUUUCUAUAUAGUACGAAUUCUGUUAUUUUCAUGCACUGUUUAUCGACACGCACAACUUCAAUUAUAGAUCUUAUGACUCCAAUUUUUAGCUAUCUGCAAUGUCAAUGGGAAUUGUAAAAUCUGUACCGAAGGAUCGUAACAGUAAGUGUGAGAUAUUUCUUUAUAUACAGGAUGUCCCAAAAAAUGUCCCUACAAUGUUUUGUGGUAUUAUAACAUUUACUUUGAUAGAAAUUUCAGAGUUUUACACUAGAUAACAUAGUUGUUAUUCUAUCGUCUUAAUCCAUAUAUAGGCCUAUAUACAUUUUACUUAUCAAAAGAACCAAAGAACCUAUAAACCAUAAACUCUAAGCGUGCAAAGCAUAAUGGGAGCAAAAUUUAAGCAGUUCAGAAAGCAUAUAUGGAGCCCAUUUUUUGGAGACAUGAUAAACAUUUCCCUGCAAAAACAUUUCACUGACAGCUUCAAUAAUCAACAAUUAAGCUUGAAAUCAGCGCUUCCAUCAUGCUUUGCGCGCUUAGAGUUUAAGGUUUAAGGUUUUAAGGUUUUAGGUUUGCAAAGGACAACCUUUAUUGAAUUAGCUAUAUAUAUAUAUAUAUAUAUAUAUAUAUAUAUAUAUAUAUAUAUAUAUAUAUAUAUAUAUAUAUAUAUAUAUAUAUAUAUAUAUAUAUAUAUAUAUAUUCAUAUGAGAAUUCUGCUGUUUAUCUCACUCCAGCUUUUCCCAAGCGUGCAGGCCUGGUAAAGAAAAUCAUCACCGCUGACGGGGGUGUUAUAGAAAUUGAUGACAUCAUACUUAGGAUAGGUCCCGGAUGUCUGGAUAAGGACACGGAGAUCACAUUGAUAAACUGUUAUACGGAUAUUGCUAACAAGUCACUGGUGGACUUAGAUCUGCUUGAUGCUUCCCAACGAGUUGUUGAAUUCCUUCCAGACGGCUUGAAAUUCUUGAAACCAGCAGAUCUCACAAUCAGAUUUGAAGAGACCGUCUCGGAUUCUGAACUUUUCAUCUUACAUAGUUCUCAUAACCACGACUACCAAAGAACCGCUUGGGAACUGGUAACUAAUGGUAUCGAAGAAAACAAUGUGAAAGGUGUUGUUAACACGAAAAUUAACGGUUUCUGCUUUUAUAGUUUCAUCAUGACGAUGGGAGGAAGGCGGUUUGUACGGAUCUUGAGUCAUCUCAAUCACACAUUUACAUGUCGUGCAUAUGCCCUCUAUCGCAGAUCAUCUACAGUGGGUACUAUAGAUAUUUUGGUCAUCAUAUUGAGUGAGUUUGUUGAUAAGAAUGAUGAAGAAGAUAUUCAACAAUUAAAAGUUCAUCUCGACGAAGGUUACGUUAAAGGAGAUAAAGGAAUGUUGAAGCGUGUCCGCAGAGAUCGUCGACUCGAAAUGAGUUUACAUUUUCCUGGAGUCGAAAACACUCCUUUCUCGUUCACUGUUGAUCAGCCUCAACUGGAUUCUGUAGGUUUCGUUAUCGAUCAUUUUCAGGAAAUUGCAGUAAAGAGUCCGGCAAGUGGAAGAGUGAAGAUAAGCGAAGUAGAUCGAAAUGCCGAAAAUAACUUAUUGUGGAGUUUGAAUGUUUGUGUGAUGGAACAGGGGAAUAAUGUGGAGGAAGCUAGCGUUCAUGGUAAAUUGAAAUUUGCUUCUCUUCAUUCCAAAGGUGGAUUAAUUAAAGAACUGUCUUUCACGGAACCAGACCCUGAAGCAAAAGGUAUUAUAUACAAUGUUAUUUUCCAAGAUAUGUAUUGCAUAACUUCUUGGAAUGUUUUAAGUACAUGUUGCAAAUAAAUAAAACUGCAUCCAUUAUUUUAUACAAAUUGUUAUACAGUAUCAAGGUAUACGUUUACACACAACGAUUUAUUGUUCAACUAGGCAAUCAGAAAGUGGAAAAACUCAUUUAGUAUGCAAAAUUUAUACUAAGCCGGAAGAAUUAUCAAGGCAUAAGUUUGUGUUAUUUGCCAAAGAUAACUUUUCACUCAAGCUGAAAGAUCCUACAACAUUACAAAAUAUCGUCAAUUUGCCGUAAUUUAAUGAAAUGAAAUUUUUCAUUUUUAAGCAGGGUAAACACUGACCGCAGUCAUGCUUUCCUAAAAAAUCGAUAUGUCGCACAUGGACGGAUAGAUAAGGAUAGAUCAACAUCCAUAUAUAUCUGUCUACCUAGUUUUACCUAAACAUAUCUAGAUUUACCUGAACAUAUAACGGCAAAAUGUUUAUGUAUUUGUUUUCUAUAACAAAAUUAAGCAAAUUAAAGGAUUAGUGACACACCGUGGUACUGCGGGCUUAACUUCCUGCUGGCGGGCCAUUUUAAGGGCCAGCGCCGAGUAGAUCGACAAAUCUGGAAAAGUUGGGUUUUUUAUCCGUCGUAUAUUUAAAUCAUAGUUUGAGAACCCUUGCUUCUUUUAUCUGAUUCUUAUUGGAAAUGUACAAAACAAUGCAUUAAUGUAAAAUCAAUUUAGGGAAGACAACAGUAACAAAAGCCCGCGAUUCUUAGUUUUUCUUACUGCGCUAAACUUGAGGGAAAUUGAAAAAGUCGAAAUCUAUUUGACAAAUAUCACGCGUACUUGAUUUUAACAAUUAUUCGCCGAAGGCGAGGUGAUUAUUGGUGAAUAAAAACCGAGACGAAGUGAAUUUAUUCACGAUAAUCACCGAGCCUGAGGUGAAUAAUUGUUUUAGUAUAAUUUCAUAGGUGAUUAUUUGGGGGAAAAUAAAAAAUACAUUUCUUCGUCAUUUAAUUGACAAAACGGCUUUGGUCGCCAUUUCGAAAAUCGCUUAGGUGAUUAUCGCGUUAUAAUGAUCACAUCAACGACAACCAAUCAGCGUGAAAAAUGUUCAAUAAUCACCUAUGUAAUUACACUAAACAUAAAUAAGCAGCGCUAUUUGGCUAAUUUAGUCGGCACACACUUAACUGUGAAAAAAUUCACAUAUUAGCAGCAUUGAUAUCGCCAGAACUCCGAGGUACAUUUGACGUCUUAUAUCGAGAAUAUAAGUGACGUAAUAAAUCCCGCAAAUUCUUUAUUAAGCCCUCCCCUUCCCCAGAGGAUUUAUUUAUUUCGGAAUAUGGACAAGUUUCGGUUUUCCACCCUACCCCAAUGUUUUCCGGUAAAAAAUAGGCCCCCUCUUAAAAAUUUUACAGGGGGCCUCACGAGGUUCCGUUACGCCACUGGCUAGAAAUAGAGCUUAUUCAUCAAUGUGUUUCACAUAGUUUUAUUCACACGUUUUAUUCAUCAAUGUGUUUCAAAUAGAGCUUAUUCAUCAGACAUGUGUUUCUUGGAUAUGAACGAGGAAGGGCUUAUAGAGAGGACCGUUUGUUCUUUGUUUUUCCCUCUCAAUACAGGAAUAUAGUUAAUUUGAAAGGGAGUUUGAUUUGCGCUAUGUAAAAUAUGUAUUUAUAAUAAUUAAAUUAAAGUGCUUUUACAAUGAUAUUACAUAUGCACCACAGUAAUUAAGGUUUUUCCCAUUUCUAGUUGUGUAUCGGACCACAAAACUCACAAAUGGAGAAAUACGUCGGAUGAGUCGUCGCAUUGGAGUUGACUGGGACAGUCUAGCAGGGUUGUUGGAUAUUCCGUAUUCUAAACGAGAGGAAAUCAGAGUAAAUCACCAGAAAUUCCCAGAUUAUUGUUCAAAAGCCGAACAAAUUUUCGAGCUUUUUAAUUACAGCAAGUUUUUCGAUCGUUAUUACCUGGAAAAAUGUUUCGAAGAAUUGGGACGACAUGAUUUGAAAAAUGAAAUGCUCCCUGUGGAAAACGAGGUAUUUAACCUAGCAAAUACACUAUCCAGUUCCAGGGUUUAUUUUAAGAAAAAUUUAGAACUGCACAUAUUAGGGAUGUUACGAAGCAUCACGGGUUUGGCUGGGGGGGUCAAAGGGUGUUUGACUGGGGGAUUAAAGGAUUUUAAUAUCUAUAUUUAACGUUGUAAAUUUAUAGUUAACAUUGUAAAUUAUGAUAGACUCUUAAUUUGUAUAUACGUGGCAGAAUAAAGGUGUGGUUGGGUGGGGCCAGACAAACUCGAUUUUCGGUGGGGGAGCUACAGGUGAGAGGUUUCCCCCCAAAUUUUGAAUUUAGAAGCUCGUAAGUUCUGGCCAAGAUUUGUUUCACCCAACCACCCACCCACAAAACCUGUUUCAAAACAUGUAACUGGGAAUCAUGAAUACUCAAUAUAUAUAUAAUAACCUUAGGCAACAAAGAAUAUUAGGUUCUCCCACUCUAAUCUCUUUUGGAUAGCUUCGCUCGUCCCAAUUUCACAUCUUGUUCCAAUACCCCAGCACGUAUGAGAUUUGUGAGGAAAAUAAGAGGGUCUGGUGGUCCUCUCCGAGAAAACAUUUAGAUUUUUGAUGCUCAAUGACAGCAUUUCUGGCAUUUGGAGCAUCCACAAGGAAAUCGAGUAAAUGGGAAGACUGUUUUGAAGGUUAUAUUUUCGUUAAUUUAGCGACUGCACAUUUGAGUUUUAAGAACUGCACAAAUGGUUUUAGAACUGCACAUUUUGUGUAGAACGGCACGUUAAAAUAAACCCUGUCCAGUUCUAUUUUUGAUAUCAGUGGGCCUAGCAAAUACACAGUUUAUUUUUAUUAUUCAUCUAAGUUAUAUUUACAAAAUGUUUUAUUUUCUCUAACGUUUCGGUUUCCUCUACGGAAACCAUUGUUUUGACGUGACGAUUUAUUACGAGUGUUUAUCUUGCGUCAGCUGCAUGAUUGUGUGGUUGUUUUCGCGUGCUUUGAGAUUCUGCUCGCGCUCGUUUAUUUCUAAUUAACUAAAGUAUGGCCUGGCAUAUCGUGGCGAAUAUUAAUACUGAUCUUUUCGCUCUUCGUAUUCCAGCUUUCUAAACAACCUCGCAAGCCAGGCUCUCUACUUCCCCUUCCCUCCCAAACACUCUCUGCUGAAGCGUUGCGAAGUUGCUUUCUAAAAACAUUUUCUGGUUGAAAUUUGAUGUCAAUUCCAAGCAGCUCCUUCCAAGUCCAUUUGGUGUUUGGUGGUCAUAUGGUAAACUGCUAUUCUGUUACUCCUAUCUUUGUUUGCCAAACAGCGUUUAUGUUCUUUAAUUCUGCAUUCUUGUGUUCUUCCAAAAUAGCUAUAGCAGGACAUACAGCGCACGUUAUUCUGUAGACUGCUUUUGUGUUGGAUCUUUAACUUUAGUUAGCAUGUCCCGUAAAGUUGUUGAAGGUUUAUGCGCCACCGAGAUGUUAUAAAGUCUUAAAAUUAUCUUAAUUCUUUCUGACGUGCCUUUGUCGUACGGAACAGUGGCAAUAACUGGAUAUCUCUUUUGUUGGUCUGCAGGAUCGUUCGAUUAUGUUGCGCACAAAUGAUUUAGGAUGUUGUUUAUAUCAAAAACUUCAUUUAAAUGCUGUAAUUCAGCUUCAAAAACUCAUUAAUAAUUCAUGAAGUAAUUAUCCAAUCUUGAGUAAGAAAUUAGUCACGUGCAUACGUCUUUAUACCAGCUAAAGAACACUUUAACAAAAGACCAUUGUUAUGCAAACUAUAUAAAGAUUUUUAUAUAAAGAUUUUUAUAUAAAGAUUUGACUUAUUAUGCAUACGUUUUUGAAGUCAUUUAAAAAACUCGCGGGUCGUGUUUUAUUAGGUCUAAAGCCACUCGCGCUGCGCGCUCGUGGCUUUAAACCUAAUAAAACACUCCUGCUCAUUUUUUAAAUAGUACUUCAAGAUCUAACUCUGUGUGCUCUCUUAACCAAAGUUGUUAUCGCAGAUGAUUUGUGUGAGGCUAGAUGGCAUAUAUGACGAGUCAUCUAACAAACGGUCAGUACUGGUAGCCUUCCUAUACACGCUCGUUUGAAGGGUGUUGCCAGUUCUAGUUAUUAACCAGUCCAGGAAUGCUGUCUUUGCAGGCUCAAUCGUAAACUGUUUAAACUGUACACUCGGGUCAGUUUUACUGAUUUUUUUACGGUUUGCCUGUAAAGGUUGUCUUCUUUUUCUGGAUGAAACGUGUCACAGAUUCAACUAUGUUUCACUUACAUCUUAAUCCACGUUUUAGAGCAUUUUUAAAUUAUCUUAAUAGUUCUGGUGAGAAAAUUAUGUGCAUAUUGAUCCUGAACGGGAAUUUCCACUCAAAAUUUUUUGUCCUAUUGCACGAUUUCAAACCAGAUGGGUUUUUGUUGUUAAUGGUAACCAAACAAAUACAGAUUUUUUUCUCUAAAUAAAAUGACGAAGUAGAAACUCCACCAUCGCAAUCUGUACAUCGUUGCCACCAAAUUCACAACUUUAGAUAACUCACAUGCCUAGCGAGUAUUGUUCUAAUUCAGAAAAUCAUAUAGCAUAGAAUAAAGGUAACUAACGUUACAAUUAUGUCUAAGAGUUAUUCACUCACGUAAAUAAUUCUAAAGCUAAAGCUUAGUUACAUUUGUUUCAUUCCUUGCUUUUGUAAAGUCGGACAAUACUAACUAGGCUUGUGAGUUAUCUGAAGUUGUGAAUGUGUAGAAACAAACGUUAUCCAAAUUUGUCUAUGGUAUUGUGAUUGACUAGUCUUUUUAAUCCUGUAUGCAUACAUUAGGUUAAUAAUAAUAAUAAUAAUAAUAAUAUUUAAUAUUUAUAUUGCGCAAAUUAACAUGUUAUAGUAUAUGAUCAAAUGCGCAUCACAAAACAUAAUUACACUAAAAUUAUUCUAUGCUGAAUGGUUACUAACUAAAAAUAUAAAGAAGAUUAUAUAGAUUAUAUGUUACAUGAAGUAUUUACAUUAAAGGCUUCUUCAAAAUAUAAUAAGUCUUAACUAAUUUCUUGAAAAUACUAAAGUUGGGCGGAUUUCUAAUAUACAUAGGUAAUUCAUUCCAGAUUUUUGGAGCGGAGGUUACAAAUGCUCUGUCACCGAGUGUUUUCUUUGUUUUUGUACUGUAGUCUUCAAAAGAAAAUGAAAUAUUGUUCUCCUUUAAACAGACAAGAACUAAUCAUAAUGAAGCGGAAACACAACCCGAAGUGAAUGCAAACGAGUACGUCGAGUUACGAAACACACCUCUAUCCUCUCGUGAAAUGUACAGGCUUAGCCGAUGCAUAACAUUUGACUGGGACAGCCUUGCUGGUCUGAUGGAUAUAGGCAGAGAAGAGAGGAAUAGCAUUCGGCAAAGCACUCUGUACCAUGAUCACCACGCCCGCGCUGAGAAAAUCUUAUCGAUGUUCAACCACAAGAAAGGCUUUACUCGUGAGAAGCUGAGAGACUACUUAAUAGGAAUUCAAAAGCAUGACUUGAUCCACCCAGUUGUCACUGGGCAAUGGAGAAGAAUUGAUACCCAAAAUCGCAGUAAGUGUAAGAUAUUCUUCUAUACAUUGGUAAUGCUACGUGUUAGUCGAAUCACAUUUAAAUCAUGUUAAACAAUAGGCUUAUGUACGUCAUAUAUUCCUUACCGUCUGAUUCAAUAAUGAUAAAAAAACACAACGACUCCCUUUUCGAAAUGCCAACCUCGUUCAAGGGAAAUAUCCUGAGAACUAGAUUGUUCAAAUGCAUGUAAGCUCUCUUUUCUGCGGCAAAGUUAUUAAGUUGAUUAUUUGCUACAAUUUACCCGUUUCUAUUAUACGUACUCAGUAUCACAAUCAUUUAGACUUGCUCCAAGUCGACCACCAGUAUAAAUGUAAUUGAGCGACGAAAUCGCGAGCAAACUCUGGCGAGCACAAGCGGUUCCGCAAAUUCCUUACUCUUCCGCAAACUACUUCCACCAAAAUUCGUUCGUUUUUGUGCAUUAAUUAUUGUGCAUGAAUUUCAGUAGUGCAUGUGCAAGCCUGGGCUUUUAGCUCCUGGUGAUGUGCUUAAUAAACAGUUUUGAAGGCGCGCAUGCAGAACCUGUUAUGACAUAAAACACAAAACAAUAAACACUCUUCAGGAGAAGAUGACUUAAACGAAUAGUCGAAACGUAAAGAAUGAAAAUGUUUGCAAUUUUUGGAGUGUCUAUUGUUUUGUGUUUUAUUAAAAUACUCAAUGGCAACAGCAAUUUCUGUUAUGACAUGUUAAUCAAUAAUUAUAUUAUAUAUGUUAUGGUUAAUUAUUUAAUUAAACCAUUACAGGCAAUACAGCAAUAUACCAUACGAUACGUUUCCACAAACUCAGGAAAAAGGCAUAGAGAAAUCACUUUGCCGACUUUCCAAACUGCUCUUAUUUUUUGUUAACGUUUAUUUAACUAACCCACAUAAAGGCAUUUAGAAAGAACACUGAUUACCAGUCAAUUAUUUAUAAUAUACCUUAAUGAAAUCACUGUUAUUAUUAUAAUAUAUAUUCUUAUGAGAAUUCUGCUGUUUAUCUCACUCCAGCUAUUUCAAAGCGUCCAGGCCUGGUAAAGAAAAUCAUCACCGCUGACGGAGGUGUUAUUGAUAUUGAUGACAUCAUACUUGAGAUAGGUCCCGGAUGUCUGACUAAAGACACGGAAAUAACAUUGAGAAAUAGUCACACGGAUAUUGCCGACAAAUCACUGCUCGACUUGGGUCUGAUCGAUGCUGCCCCACGUGUUGUUGAAUUCCUCCCAGAUGGCUUGAAAUUCUUGAAACCAGCAGAUCUCACAGUCAGAUUUCAAAACACUGUCUCCAAUACUGAAAUUUUCAUCCUACAUUGCUCUUACAACCUUAAAUACCAGAGGACCGUUUGGGAACUGGGAACUACUGGUAUUGAAGAACGCAAUGUGAAAGGGGUUGUUAACACAAAAAUUAACGGUUUCUCUUUUUACAUGUUUGUUUUGGCGACGCGCGGAAUGUUAGCUCGGAUCUUGAGUCAUCUCAAUCAAUCAUUUAUAUGUCGUGCCUAUGCCCUCUAUCGCAGAUCAUCUACAGUGGGUGCUAUAGAUAUUUCGGUCGUUAUAUUGAGUGAAUUUGUUGAUGAGAGUAAAGACGAAGAUAUUAAACAAUUAAAAGAUCAUCUCGACCUAGGUUACGUUAAAGGAGAAAAGGGACUGUUAAAGCGUGUCUGCACAGACCGUCGUCUUGAAAUGAGUUUACAUUUUCCUGGAGUUAAAAACACUCCUUUUUCGUUCAUUGUUGAUCAGUCUCAACUGGACUCUGUGGGUUUUGUUAUCGAUCAUUUUCACGAAAUUGCAGUCAAGAGUCCAGUAAGUGGAAAAGUGAAGAUAAGCGAAGUAGAUCGAAAUAUCGAAAAUGAAUCAUUGUGGAGAAUAAAUAUUUGUGAAAUCGAAGAGGAGAUUAGAGUUGAGGUAGCUGAAGGUAAGUUAAAAUUUACCAGACUUGCUUCGAAAAGUAUCAGACAUCGUGUAUUUUUUACUUAUUAUACGGUUAUCAAAAACUUGGCAAAUACGGUUAUCGCGGUGACCCAUAUUAUAUAGGUAAGAUAUUCUCGCAAGAUGCAAAUCGCUGCUCUGUCUUGAUGUGGUUAAAAUACUUGUCAGUAGAGUUGCGGUAGCUAGCCAGUUGUGACCCCAAUUUUCUCCUAGAUGAAGUCUUUGGGACAUUAGGAAUGGGAAUAUUCCAUGUCGAGUUGUUUUAGAAGUUAACUUUGCCAUUGAGUUCGUAAAAUACGCGUCAAACACUGCAUACUUUUCGAAACAUGAUUAACUGGGAAAAAUUUCUCAGUCUUCAUUUUCAGACUUUAUCUUAUUUACUUUUACUUUGAUAAGUAGAAAUUCGAAGUUCUUAAACCGCUCAGAGUUGGUCAGAUUCCUGAUUGGUCAGUCAAGGAUCGAGUCGUUCAGAUCUCUGACCUAGGAAGUUGUCGAGUCGGGCGCCCCAGUAAGCCUUGAGUGAUAGUCAGAUCCUUGACAUGAUUAUCAGAUCUGUGCCUAUCACUCAAGCUGAAAUAUCUUACAACGUUAAAACAUUCUUAGUUAGUCUUAUCUUAAAUAGAAAAAUUUUCAUUUUGCAAGAAGGACAAAUCCCUUUUCACACCUUUGGCAAUAUCUAAAGAUCGGGUGCAAUAUAGUGGAGAAUCUAGCCACAGCAACAGGUCAUGCUAUGCAAAUUUUUAAUGAUUUGCAUUAUUCAAGCAUUAAUUAAGAAAUGUAUUGUCUUUAAAGUAGAAGUCAAGUCCGUUCUGUACAUCGGUUCUGCUGAUAACAAUGUGAGGACCUCUAAUGUGAAAAUUGCCCAAAUUUUGAAUGUUAAAAAGAACAUAAACUCUAUUUCAUAUUCAUUUAGAAGCAUGGCGAACCAAAAUAGUGUUAGAUAUUCAGACAGUAUAUAUUUAAAAAAAUGCAGCAGUUCAAAAAUGUAAACAAACCGUUUGUUUACAUUACGGAGUUGACUUCCACUUUAACCUACUUAUUUAUUUAUUUAACUUAUUUAGAUGCCGGUUUAUUAGCAUAGCAUGACCAGUUGCUAUAUGGCUAUAGCUUCACCACUGGUUGCAGUACAUGGCAAAUACGGUCAAAGAGCUGAAACACAUCAAUAUCUUUACUAUAGAGAGUCUUUCAAAUUUAACUUAUUGCAUUGUAUUAUUGUAUUUUUUCUAUGUUAUUGUAGUAUACUAUAUUGAUUUAUACGGCCGCAGUGCUAACAUAUUUCUUAUUUUUAUUUCAGUACAAGACACGGCGCCACACCCUCAACCAGAAGGUACAUUGCCAAUUGGACGUCUUACCUCGGGAUAUAUAUGAUAUAAUGAGAAUUCAUGCACGGCAAAAUUUAAAUUUCUCAAAUUCUAUAGAUCCUCCAUUAAACCUUCUCUCCGCGUGACUUAAUUAUUUCAGCCAUAUAUACUGUAGGUGGCUUAAAAAGAGGGGGGGGUUGUUAAUUUGUCCACUCUCGAAAUUUGUUUGAAAGCUAGGGAACUUGAUAAAAAGAUUUACGCUAAUUAUGAUAAUAUUGCACAUGCACCAUAUAAUAAAUAACCUUUCUUUCCCAUUUCUAGUUGUCCAUCGGAUCACCAAACUCACAAAUGGAGAAAUAACUCAAAUGAGCGGCAAGAUUGGACUUGAUUGGGACAGCUUAGCAGGGCUCCUGGAUAUUCCGUAUUCUGAUCGAGAGGAAAUCAGAGUCGACUACGGGAAUCAUCUGAGCAUUUCAUCGAAAUCUAAAAAAGUUUUCGAACUUUUUAAUGACAGCACGUUUUUCGAUCGUCAUAUUCUUGUAAAAUACUUCAAGGAACUGGGUCGGCACAAUUUGGAAAAAGAAAUGCUUCCUGUCGAAGACCUGCAGGUAUUUCAUAAUCGAGAGUUUACUUUUACCCGUCAAUUUAUCCCGUCUCUCCUAUUAUAACUAUGACAUAAAUGUUCUUCGUUAAUUAAAAACAACUACAAUGUCUGUGUACUCUCUUUCUUCAAUUUCGUUUUCUAUAAGUGUAUAUACCAAAAAAUAAAUUUUGCUUUUACUUAGAAAUUGUAAAGCUGUGAAAUAUCUUGCCUUGUUAAUUGUUUAUAUAAUUUUCAUUUUAUUUAAUAAAAAGAGUGCAUGUUACCAUGUGACUUCAGUUUCCCUGAAUAAGUUGUUUUCUUUUUCUGGAUGGAACGUUUCAUACUCCUUGCUUUUACAGCAUUUUAAGAUUAUCUUAUGAUUUCUGGUGAGGAAAUAAUGUGCAUGUUGAUCCCGAACGGGAAUUUCCAAUUUCCAAUCAGAUGUGAUUUAGCUGUUAUUUGUAACCAACCAAUGAAAUAUUAUUUUUCUCUAAACAGAACGGAAGUGAAGAAGUAGAAACACCACCAAAGCUACCUGAAGAAGAUUUACUACACACACCACUCUCACCACGUGAGAUAUCCAGACUUGGCCGACGCAUUGUAGGUGAGUGGGACCGCCUCGCUGGUCUUAUGGAUAUACCCAUAGCAGAAAGAGAUGAUAUUCGAUAUAGCCUCAUAUACAAUGAUAAUCGUUCUCGAGCCGAGAAAAUUUUAACCAUUUUCAACAACAAGGAAGGCUUCUCACGUAAUAAGCUUGCUCGCUGCUUAGACGAAAUCCAACAGAUAGACUUGAUCAAACCAGUUAUCACAGGGGAGUGGAGAAACGUAUGA